AUGACCUCAAGUGUCCAUUCUCUGAAAUCAGCCUUAGAAGAGAAGGAUGAUAAGGAUCCUCUCAUCGCGAUCCAAGCACGUGUUGUAACCACGACGAUCAAUCAUAACAACCCAAUUACAUCCUCUUCUUCCUCCGCAUCAAGUUCCCUUUCCAUACUUGUUCCUUCUUCGUAUAUUCAGUACUGUUUGUGCCCAACACUCAUUCAAGGUAAAAUAGCGUGUUAUCAUGCUCAAGAUAUUUCCUUCUACAAGCGUGAACUCCAUAAGAGUCAUGAUGAUACCUCUCCCUUAUUAACCAUAUGGAUCAUUUGUCGAGAAAUUAAACCUCUGUAUUCUCAAAAACGAUUUUUCGAAUGUGCUUGGCAACGAAAGAUUCAAGUACGUUUGAUGGAGAUGAACAAGUUUGAAUGUGUGAUGGUGGCUUCUUCUCACAAUCAAGAAAAUGACACCUGUCUUCUCUAUGAAGGAAAGAAAUGUGAAGAAUGGCCUCAAGUCGUCAUUCCAAGAAUGGGAUCAAAAAUUACACAUUUUGGAUUGGCUCUAAUUCGAUUCUUUGAAAGUGUUAACGAGAACAAACCUUUCAUUCUGAAUGAAUCUCGUGGUAUUGAAAUUGCCAAAGAUAAAUUCGUAACUAUGCAAAAAUUGACAGCUCACAACAUUUCAAUUCCAAAAACCAUGCUGUUAAGUCUUCCUCUUAAUAUUGAGCGUGUGAAUCAACAAUUUGAAUAUCCAUUAAUAUUGAAAAAAGUUUCUGGCUCUCAAGGGAAAGGUGUUAUGCUUAUCCAAGAUCGAGUUCAUCUUGCAGAUUUAGUUGAAAUGGUGGAUCCAAAUGCUCCCAUGCUGUUACAAGAGUUCAUCAAGACCUCGAUGGGAGUGGAUAUUCGAGUGCUCGUGUUGGGUGAGCGAGUGAUUGGAGCAAUAAAAAGACUUGCAAAGGAGGGAUUCAAGGCGAAUUAUCAUCAGGGUGGAAGUGUGGAACCUUUUGAGGUGACACCCGUCAUUGAAAAGCUUGCCGUGGGUGCUGUGAAAGCUUGUGGGUUGGUGUUCGCUGGUGUUGAUAUUUUAAUUGGAGAUUCGGAAGAGUCGUAUCGAGUGUGUGAAGUGAACUAUUCUCCUGGGUUCGAAGGUUUUGAACUCGCGACUGGAAUUGAUGUCGCCAACGAAGUGAUUUCUUAUUGUACUAAAUUUGUUCAAUAG